AUGGACAGAGGAGCUAAGCUGCAGAAGCUGGAAGCUUUCAAACGAAGGCUACCGCCUAUGUCGGCUGCAGCCAUGUCUGCUCUUUUGCAAGCGGUGGAAUCGUCUGGCCUACCGGAAAUGCAUGGAAGAAAACAUGUCAAGGAGGCGACAGAGAAUGCACUCGAACAGCAUUCUGCUUAUGGUCCAUUGCUUCAGAGCAUGGCAGUGCAGGACAAGGAUGGUGCUGAACAGACUCUCAUAUUCGUCAAUUUUUUUUCGUUGCUACAAGCCCUGUGGCUCGCCUCUGCUGAGUGGAGACGAUUGCUCCAUGGCAGUAACACUCGUGCUCCUUGCAGGCUAAUCUUUUACUCCGACGAAAUCAAUUGUGGAAACCCGUUGGCGCCUGAAGCAUCCCGGAAAGUCUGGGCAAUCUAUGUAUCAUUUUUUGAGCUAUGCCCCAUCAACCUGAGUAAAGAAGCCUCAUGGCUGCCGCUGUGCUUGGUCAGAACCACUGUGGUGUCCAAUUUGCCUGGUGGUAUGAGCCAAGUGGCUGGCAUGCUGCUGAAAUCUAUCUUCGUCUCUGGCAAUGCGAGCCCUGAAGCAGGAGUGCUGUUGAAGCGGCCUGAUGGUGGAAGAGCCGAAAGGCUGUUUUUCAGGCUCGCUGCAUUCCUACAGGAUGGAGCAGCACACAAGCUGCUUUUCUCGAUAAAGGGGGACGCAGGUACUCGGUGUUGCUUGCUUUGCCGAAACAUUCUGGCGAACAAUAGCAUUGAGCUAGCAGAAGCUCGAUUGCUGAAUCAGUGCUUCAAAGAGGCUGAUCUGCAACUGAACAGCGACGAGGAUUUCAGCCGAAGCAUCAUGAAGCUGUUGGAGAAACAUGAAGAGCUGACUAAGACCGACUUUGCUUUGUGGCAGCAGGCCGUGGGCAUCGUUUAUCAGCCUGAGAGCUUGAUCUUUGACCCGGAACUCUGCACUGUCGCCAAGCCUGUCAGCCAAUGGCUUCACGACUGGAUGCAUGCCUUUUUCGUCAAAGGCAUUUGGAUGAACACUUGCAUGCAGCUCACUAUGAAAGCUGCUGAGAAAGGCCUUGGCCAGGACUUCUACAAGAUCUGUGCUGAUUAUGUGGAGCAGUGGAUUUUGCCUCGUUCGAAAUCGCAGAAUCUGGCUAAAUUGUUUACUGCGAAGAGGAAGGAAGCCAACAAAAGCGCUGAGACCUUCAAGUGCACAGCUUCCGAAGCCCUGGCAUUGUAUCCCAUCUUCACGUGCCUUUUGGUAAAUGUCUUGCAACCCUUGGGUAAUACCAUGGGUGCCAAUCUACAAUACGAGCCGUUUGUGAUAACAUUAAAGUAUGAGUUUUAUUACCAGUACUUCUGCGUUUAUUACUGUUAA